AUGGGCUCCGCGCCCCAGCCGGCCCGGGUCGUCCUCUUGGCCGUUUACUUUGCGACCAACAGCGACAUCGAUAGUCUUCGAGCACUCGCAGCUCAGCAUCGCGAGAUUCUUCGAAAUGAACUCCUCCUCCGAAUACUCCUGACCUAUGUCCCGGAGACCACCCACCCUUCGCAAUAUGCCGAAUUUGUGCGCCAGAUAUCCCAGGAUGAGAUUCCUCAAGAAUCAGACGAUGUUGCUAUAGACUUCUCGCCUCUUGGCCAGUUGACGGACAGUCAAGCGUCGAAGAAGGCUAGGAAGCUUCAUCUGUUACAAUUGACGUCUGCCGAUGCUCCCGGGCUCGAAUCCGACGAUGUUCUCUCACAAUUUCUCUUCCAAAGAGCGUAUAAGAUGGACGAGGAUGCUGGCAUGCUUAGCCUGGUCCCGGACCUGCUGGUGCCCUUCCUCGACCAGUCACCAGCAAUUCGUACAUGGGUGGCUUCCACCAUUCUCCCACUUAUAAGGCGGAACUUUGAUUAUUACUCCCAGAACACGGCCCAGCAUUCGCUUCGCGAGUUCCAGAACCUGCCCGAUCUCGCUGCUGUGGAAUACCUUCUUUCACGGACAGACCAAAUAGAGGAAGACGUUAACAAUAUUGGACGAGAUUUACGAGGAUUAGCAGGGCCCUGGCUAUAUAACGAUUCGAGAUGGAAUUUAGAAUCUAACAGUGAGUCCGAUGGGGGCAAGAAUGGCGUCUCAUGUCGCGGGUGGCAAUAUGUCCUCGACUGGCUCGUGCUUCACGCCUCCAAAUCUUGGAAAGUUACAGCAGAUGCCAUUGAGGAAUGGGAUGGGCCAUCUGACGCUGACCUGGGCGAUGCCGCAGGCGUCUUUCUGCGCCAGCAACAGCUCGACCACCUGUCGGAGACAUACAUUAGAGCCGCUUUAGCUUCAGCAUACCUGAUACCUGAGCCAUCAAUGGAUGCUCUAACCGGCGCCUACCGUAUCGUCAGCCGAGCUUGGCUUCUUCACGGCCAGGAUCAACUUCCCUCGUUCCAUGCAUCAUUGGAGCAUCUACCUGCUCUCCCAGCGUUCAGCAUAUCGAACCCUGCGGGCGGAAAAAUUUCUGCCACUCACAUGAGAAAUGACCUUCUGCAGUCCUCAAACCCCUUGACAGCGCCGAGCGUGUCGUCAAUGAACUUCCUCCAGGGUCUUAUUCUGAGUGCCAGUGUAAUGACAAGAUUAGGAAUCCCCUACUCAGUCAAAAGGGCAGGGGAGAUGGUUCUGUUGAGAGAUGCGCGAGAGCAGAAGGGUGAACUCGUGAAACUGGUACGCCUCGUUUUGAACCAAGCGUCAAGGAGCAGUGAUGAGUAUUGGAUAAGGGCCCGGCGGGAGAUUUUGUGGCUCCAUAACUGGGGGAACCCGAACGCUGCCUCGGGCGAUGCAAAGCUCGGCAUAUUUGGAUUGGUCUCGGAGAGUGAUGUCGAGACAGAGCUCCUCAAGGCCAUGCUUUCCAGCAUGUGCUACUCACUGGCCAAGUCCAUCUACGAAGAUGCGAAUGCCAGGCCCUUACCAGAUACCGUUGUUCAGGAUGCUGUGUACCAUGCUGCUCUGGAUGCCUUUGACAAUGCAUCCAACCCGAACCGGACGAGGGGUGGGUUGAAAAAGUGUAAUGACAUAAUCCAUGCACUGCCGCUCCUGGUUCCCCGAACAUUAGAAUCUACAAAGCAGAUCGAGGCUUUACUGAGUGCAGCCCACGCGCUCAGCAGCUACCGGCUCGUCCUAAAGCAGGGUGAACCCUUCAGCCCUGUUGUCCUCAGGGUCCACUCCGACCCGGUCUCCAUUCUCGACAAGGUCCUGGAGCAAAAUAAGGGAGCCUAUACCCGUCUCCAGGAGUUCUUGGAGAUCGGAACCAACAUGAUCACGGCCAGCUUCCUCAUCCAGAAACGACCUGGAAAGAUACCUAACCCCGUGGGAGACUUGGAAGGCGAGCUCUUCGUUGUAGAGAAGCGGAUAGUUGCCAUGUGUAUAUCCGCUGCGCUAAAGGAAGACGAUUUCGAGACUGCAUACUCUUAUGUGGUGAGCAGGCUCGGCGACUCGGCUAAGCCAUCUCACAGCGAUCCAUGGUCAUGGAACGCCGCCCUCCAGGCUGGGCAGUACAUCCGCACCUCGAGGUCUCAGCAACCAACCCAUCUGGGGACUGCCAGCGGGAACCUGGAGAUCCGCCACCUUGAGCAGCGGCUCGAGUGUCUGGCGGUGGCGCUGCGGGUUGCCCCGCCAUCCGAGCUCCAGACCAUUCUCGAGAGCUUCCGAGAGUGUGAAGCACAGCUGGACGUAGCCAUCUCGGACGAGGCUGCCAAAGAGGCCGCGUGGGACGAGACGGGCGAUUUGCGAGGCAUCCCCGGGGCGUUCGACGAGCCGGCCAACCAGGCAUACCCCCCUCGGAAUAUAACUGCCUCAUCGACUGCCCGGCAGCAAGAGGAGGCGCCAAUGUCGCUUUUUGAUCUGUCGCGGGCGACAGCGAGAGUGGCGUCGAGAAAUCUCACAACCCUCUCGAGUCUGCGAGACUUUGCGAGCGGCGGCGGCGGGGACCAUCAGUCGGGGGCGUCGUCGGACACACCGGACGACUCACAGAAUGAGCCUCGUGUCAGGAAGCGCGACCAGCUACGUGAAGCAGCCACGGGAACCUUGGUCUCUGGUGUGGGAUGGUUGAUUGGUGCCAAUGUUAAUCGCCAAUCUAAUUGA